AUGUGGCCGUUUCAUAUCCUCGAAGCUGCGCCCAGGCUGUUGGCCUUGUGGGAGUUCACGAUGCCUUGGUCUUCCAUGCAGGAAGCGCUGCGAGCCUUCAGACGAGGUGAAUUUGUGAUGGUUAUGGACAGUGACGAGCGCGAGGAUGAAUGUGAUCUCGUUUUUUCGGCAGAGAUGGUCACCGCCUCGCAAAUGGCCUUUGCAAUCCGCCACACGACGGGAAUUGUUUGUAUCGUUGCGGACAAGGCGAGAUUAGAACACUUCGGGCUCCACCCUGCCACGCAGAGAAACACGGAUGCCAACGCCACGAACUUCUACGUGUCUACGGACUUCCUGCCCGCCACUUCGACAGGCGUGUCUGCAUCAGAUCGCGCCAUCACCGCCCGAGCGAUGUGCGACCUAAACAACCGGGCAGAGGACUUCUCCAAGCCGGGUCAUCUCUUCCCUCUUUGUGCUCGGCCCGGUGGGGUGCUCGAACGUCCAGGACAUACCGAAUCGACCUGGGACUUCUGCCGCCUCGCUGGCCUGACGCCAGUGGGGCUGCUUGCAGAGCUGAUGCACGAUGAUGGCACCAUGUACCGUCGCGAUGACAGCCUGGCCUUUGCUAGUGCGAACAACAUUCCGAUCGUGACUGUAGAUCAGAUCAUCGAGUUCCGACAGAAGCACGGGACAAUAGCCCCUGCAUCUCUGUUCAGCGAGAAGGCCGGACUGGCUGCGACCGGCAGCGCCAGCGCCAGCCCGGCUGUCGUGGCUUCCACGUGCGAUGCCAGGAAGUUGCCACCGGCAAAUCUUUUCCAUAUUUCUUCCCGACAAAGCAGAACAGAAGGUGCACAGCUUGUGCAGCGCAGGGCUGUCUUCAGCGUCCUGGCUGAGGAAGUGAACAGUAGACCAAGCUUCUUCUUUGGUGAAGUCUUCAUCAUCGUCAUCUUGUCGACGGGGUUUGAGAAAGCAGAGAAGUGGCUGCGCACCAGACUGAAGAUCGCCGGCGAUAAGAUUGGGAGAGAGAUCUUGGAUGCGCUGUUCAGAGAGAUCACAAUUCUCGGAUUCAUCGGUCUGCUAUUGUUUGUGCUGACCCAUCUACUGCCGGAAGACACACCACUCAUUUCUCUCGGGGCUGAUGAGUACAACAUAUUGCCUGAAACCUUCGAGUACGUGCACAUGGCGACAUUCCUCUUGCUGGUUGUGCUGCUGUUUCAAGGCUUUGCCGUGCUCAAGCUGUCACGUGAAACAGCAGAGACAUGGGCAGAGUACGAGAGCACUCGUGCGUUCGGCAAGAGCAAAAGAUCGAUGGAGACCAAGCUGGUGGAGGCCGGAUACCUGAAGAGAGUAGACAACCCCUUCUCUAUCACUGGCUACGAGCUCCAGCCUGUGAAGAACUUUGGAUAUGGGGAUACGCCGCUGGAGAGGGUUGGUUUGCGCACCAAGGAGGUACACAAAUUGAUUAUGUGGCGAUCCAUUCGGCACGGAUUUCUCUUCGACGGGCCCCAAAGUGAGUUGCUGGUCAAUGAGACUGGGCAGUGGUUAGAAGUCUGGAUCUUUGAGGGGGGUGUGAUCCCUGGACUGUUCAGCUUCGAAUCCUUUCUCGAGCAGCAGCUGGGUCAGAUUGUCCUGGCAUUGGUUGAGGUCGACGUCACAACAUGGUUCGUCUCCCUGCUUGUCGUGGCACUUGUCACAUCAAUUUGCCUGGCGCUGGAUUCCGUGAAUGCACAGCUGAUGCAGUGCUUCUGUUGCUGGGGAUUGUUUGCCAUCGGCUUGAUCUACUCCGUCGUUCUGGAGGAAGACACAUGGGAGCUGACCCCACAAGUCCCUAAAGAUCCCCGCGAGGUCCUGCGGCUCUUCACAGGCACCUCGAUCCAAAUGGUCCGCCGUUCCUCUUGGCUGGGACGCACACCGGAGGAAGCAGUCUCCAAAAUUCUCAGCCAGUCAGGGCGGCGCUUCCGGCCCAUGAUGCCAGGAAUCGACGGCACGCCUUGGCCACGGAUUCGGGCAACUCCAAGGGAAGAGCAUUCAUUGACUUCUUCCUUCUACAUGGUGCAGGACUACACUGUUGCUUUCAAGCUCCUUUGCUUCCUCCAGGCAGCUGUGGUGGCUUCCUUAAUCGUGGAGUUGCUGAAUGGCAGCAUCCAUGGGCCUGACAGGACGAUCCCCUUUGCUUUGGCCUGCAUUGAGUGGCCUCUGAUGUUGUUCUGGCUUGUGCCUAGUCUGGUCAGGCGCUUGACGCUUCGUGCCGCCCUAACCCGCACGAAGUCUAACGCUUGGUUUAAAAAGAAUCAGAGGGGUCUGGUGAGACAGGUGAUGGUUGCUGGCAUCGAGGGCUUGUUAAGAGACUGUACGCGGCUGAUCCAUCUUCAGGGCAUGGAGUCGAGAGCUUUCGUGACUGGGGAGACCUGGGCGCAAGCGGAGGCUGUCACAAAAGCCAUGACGGGUCAGUCAAGAGCAUACCUGGAUUCGCACCUGCGACAGAUUGCCAUAAACAAUGUGAAUCGGGGACAAGCUCUGUUUGACGAGCUGCCGCCCAACUUGAAGUCGGAGGUUUCAAGCAUCUUCACCAGCUGGGAUGCCGCCAACUCCGGGUUUGUGGCUCCCCAAGAGCUAGCAAACAACAUGGAGCUGCUGGGCUUCAAUGCGACUUCAGAACGCCUUGCCAAGAACUUGAUACGAAUGGUGGAUAACGACGGCAGUGGGUUGUUGAGCUGGAGGAAGUGCCGAGCUCUAUUCAUGUUGGCCACGCGCGGCCGUCCGACGACGGAGAGGCGCAGAGAUUUGACAACCUUCUUCUCCAGAGUGAAGAAGCAGAGCCCACGUGAAAUGACCGUUUUCGAGCUAGCAGAUGCCUUGCCUUUGCAUAGCAUCACGGCGGAAGAUCUCUCCAGUUUGAUGUAUCGCCAUUUCGGUAAAGUCAAGCCGUCACUGACCCGUCCAGAAUUUGUUGAGUGGAUCGAGGCUGUUGAGCAAUCCAUGGUCAUCGACGAAGAAGUUUGA